GGGGGAAUAGCGGUCGACUCACAAGAUUUUGCUCGAGGUGUCACGAAACUGCGCUGCUGGGCUGAUGAAUGAGUUGUUUCUAUAAGAAUGGGCUGUGUUGAAGAUUGCCACAUUGUCUUGCCCUCACCUCCAUCACCCUCAACUAUCCCUCCCCGCCCCUUCUCGCCCCUCACUCAUUAACACACAUCAUGACGGAGGCCGCCGAGCAGGUGCUCACCCAUCGCAAGCAGCAGGUUCUUGAGCCUGGCCUGCGCACGCCUCCUACCGAUACAAUCUCACCUCCCCAAUCAGAGGAUGAGUCUUCGUCUGUCAAAGGUCUCGCCACCGAUACAGCUCCCAAGAAGAAGUCUGGCUUCUCCGAUGGCGACAUUCCAGACGACUACGUCACACGCACUCUGGAGCGAGAACCUGCGCUGCCCCCGGUGCAGAUGAAGAACAUCCUUGGCGAGAUUCAGUGGGUCAGCUUCACCAUUCUCACCGUCACACCCUUGCUCGCUCUCUACGGCAUCUUUACCACACAUCUUUCGAUGAAGACGUUCGCCUGGUCCGUCUUCUACUACUUCUUCUCUGGUCUUGGUAUUACUGCUGGCUACCACCGCCUGUGGGCUCACCGUUCCUAUGUGGCCACCCGCCCUCUCGAAUACCUGCUCGCCCUCAUGGGCACCUCGGCGGUCCAAGGCUCGAUCCACUGGUGGGCUCGGGGUCAUCGCGCUCACCACCGUUACACCGACACGGACCUGGACCCCUAUGGAGCACACCACGGUCUGCUCUGGUCGCAUCUUGGGUGGAUGAUCGUCAAGCCUCGGCGCAAGCCCGGUGUGGCCGACAUCUCGGAUCUCCGCAAGAACCCCGUCAUCAAGUUCCAGCACAAGCUCUAUCUGCCUCUGAUUCUUUUCAUGGGUUUCAUCCUUCCCACCAUUGUCGCUGGCUUCGGCUGGAACGAUUGGCGCGGUGGAUUCUACUAUGCCGCCGUCGCCCGUCUCGUCUUCGUGCACCACUCUACCUUCUGUGUCAACUCGCUCGCCCAUUGGCUCGGUGAGGCAUCGUUCGACAACAAGAUGACGCCUCGCGACCACUUCAUUACCGCUCUCGUGACCGUCGGCGAGGGCUACCACAACUUCCACCACCAAUUCCCCAUGGACUACCGAAAUGCUGUCUAUUGGCACCAGUACGAUCCUACCAAAUGGUUCAUUGCCACGAUGAAGAUGGUUGGAUUGGCCACGCACCUCAAGAAGUUCCCCGACAACGAGGUGCAAAAGGGACGUGUUGCCAUGUCCCUUCAGAAGAUCAACGACCAGCAGAGCAAGCUCAGUUGGCCCAAGAACUACAAUGACCUCCCUGUCAUCUCGUGGGACGACUUCCAGGAAGAAUCCAAGACAAGGCCGUUGAUCGUCAUUCACGGCUUCAUCCACGACGUCAGCUCAUUCAUGGACGAACACCCGGGCGGUCGUCACCUCCUCGCAGGCCGUAUCGGAAAGGACGCCACGGUGGCCUUCAAUGGUGGCUUGUACGCACAUUCGAAUGCAGCACACAAUCUGCUCUCCAUGAUGCGAGUCGGUGUUCUCGAUGGUGGUUACCAGCUUGCCAUCGAUGACAUCAAGCGUACCGAACGUGCUCGGGCAGCAGCUGCUGCUGCUUCGGCAUCGGUGGCAGCUGGCGCCACGGGACCGGGCGCCGCCGGGGGCGCUUCUUCGGCAGCUUCCACGGCGACAGAGCAGGCAGAUGGCACGCCCAUCCCAGAGUAUUCGACACCGAUUCCCAAGGUUGAAGAGCGCAACAUUGACGUGAAAGCCCGCUCCUACGUUCCCCCGGGCCAAGUCUACACCAUCCUGAAGCGGGGCGAGCUCAAGGCGAACUCUGUCGCGCAGAAGAAUGGCGGAAAGGUCGGAAGGAUCCUGUAGAUAGCUUCCUCAUUGACAACUUGAUCAAUCGUGACAACAACCUUUGAUAUAUACAAAUUCAUUUGGCCCUCGCAGCAUU